GAGAAAGGGGGAAGGGAUUGGGGGAAGAGGGGAGGACCUAUAGCUAUACACUCCUCCCACAUGAACCAUGGCCUAUCAAGUCGGACCCACAACCCUUCAUGAGAGAGAGAGAGAGAGAGAGGAAUAAUACUGGAGUACACUUUCUGUAAUUUAAAUUUUCAAGGAAAGGAAUGAUCACUUUCUGCAAUCCUAGUAUUAAUCUUUCAAGGAAUAAUCACUUUCUGUUAUAGGCUACAAGAAAUCUGUCGAGUGUUGGGCAAGGAUGGCACACAUAGCUAGCUAGGCUACUUUUCCCUCUCUAAGAUAUACAUACAUAGUUACAUACAUAUAUACAUACGUACAUAUAUGUAUAUAUAUAUAAAGUUUAAUUAAGGGAAUCAUCUAAGUGUGGUUCUCAUAAUGGCAUGUAAUCCAACAGAUCCUAUUAAUUUCCACUUUAGAGAGCUUUACACACAGCAUGAGUUAUUUAAGAGUAAUCUUUAAGGGGGUAGCUUUCAGUAGCCAUGAUUACAACACCCCAAAAGCACUGCAAAACUUCAGAAAUUCUGCAUUUUUCUCAAAACAAAAACCACGUAAAAGGCCACUGCUCCAGUGCCCUCCCCCCCUCCACCUUUCACCGAAAAGUGCAGACUGCGCACCUACAUUCCCCUUGACUUUAGAUUUAUACCCAAAUUUUUAUAAUAAACACUACUCAUUAAAGUAUGUAUCAAUAACCCAUCUCCACGCUUUAAUCCUGCAUGGGUUCAUCUCAUCACUUUCAUCUCACUCCAGCUUUUCUCUUUCCUCAAGAGAGAGAGAGUGAGAGACAAACAGAGAAAGAGAGAGAAAGAGAGAGAGGGAGAGAGCUCCGUAACCCUCCUGCGUGAAGAAGAAUAGUAAAUCCAAUUUUGGGUUUGUGGCUGAUUUGGAUUUGGUUGCUGAGUUUUUAGUGGAAAGGUUGAAUUGUGAAGUUCUCAGGGAGAUGGGUGUAGUUACUGUUGGAGAAAUGAAACCAAGCAUCUCAGGGAAGAGGUCAUUUCGUCCAUGCCCAAGUGCAAGGCAUGCCACUGAAUGGCCAAUUUCUGAUGUUUCAAGUGAUCUUUCUAUUGAAGUUGGAGCAGCAAGUUUUGCACUUCAUAAGUUCCCUCUUGGUUCUAGGAGCGGAAGAAUCCGAAAGUUGUUGUUGGAAGCAAAAGAUUCAAAGGUUACACGAAUUCAUCUCCCUUCUGUUCCAGGUGGACCAGAGGCAUUUGAACUGGCUGCAAAGUACUGUUAUGGAGUGAACAUUGAGAUCUCGCUGUCAAAUGUUGCGAUGCUACGUUGCACAGCUUAUUAUCUGGAAAUGACUGAAGAAUUUGCUGAGAAGAACCUGGAAACCCGCACAGAGGUGUAUCUGAAAGAGAUGGUGCUCUCAAACAUAUCAAGCUCGAUUGCUGUUCUUCAUCAGUGUGAAACUCUCUUGCCCAUUUCAGAAGAAAUCAACCUUGUCAGCAGGAUUAUCAAUGCUAUUGCAAAUAAUGCAUGCAAAGAGCAACUCACCUCUGGCUUGUCCAAACUUGAGCACAAUUUCCCUGCAAAGCCUACCCCAAACAUGGAAACUGAACCACCCUCAGACUGGUGGGGAAGGUCACUUGCAGUGCUCAAUCUUGAUUUCUUCCAACGGGUUCUAUCGGCAGUAAAAUCGAAGGGUCUGAAACAGGACAUGAUCAGUAAAAUUUUGAUAAACUAUGCCCAUAAUUCUCUUCAGGGUCUUGUUGUCCGGGAUCCUCAAUUGGUCAAAGAAUGUUUGUUGGAUUUGGAAUUGCAGAAGAAACAAAGAGUCAUUGUUGAAGCAAUGGUUGGUUUAUUACCAACCCAAUCAAGAAAGAGUUCUGUUCCAAUGGCAUUUCUUUCAAGCUUAUUGAAAAAUGCAAUAGCUGCAUCAGCUUCUAUUUCUUGCAGAUCUGACUUAGAAAGGCGGAUAGGUCUGCAACUGGACCAGGCAAUACUCGAAGACAUCCUUAUCCCUGCAAAUUCCCAUGGAAAUAGCCAUAGCCCUCUCUAUGAUACAGAUUCAAUCUCAAGGAUAUUUUCUAUGUUCUUGAACUUGGAUGAAGAUGAUGAUGAGGAUGGUCACUUGAGGGAUGAGAGUGAAAUGGUUUAUGAUUUUGACAGCCCUGGAUCACCUAAACAAAGUUCAAUUCUUAAGGUGUCGAAGUUGUUGGACAGUUACCUUGCAGAGGUUGCUCUUGAUUCAAACUUGACGGCAUCAAAAUUUAUAGCACUAGCUGAACUACUUCCAGACCAUGCUCGAAUAUUGAAUGAUGGAUUGUACAGGGCCGUGGAUGUCUUCCUGAAAGUUCAUCCAAAUAUGAAGGACUCGGAGCGCUACCGACUCUGCAAAACCAUUGACUGUCAGAAACUAUCUCAAGAAGCCUGCAGCCACGCUGCUCAAAACGAAAGGUUACCGGUGCAGAUGGCAGUCCAAGUGCUAUACUUUGAGCAAAUCAGGCUUCGAAACGCAAUGAAUGGAGGCCACAAUCAGUUUUUCUUUGGCUCGCUCAAUGGCCAGUUUCCUCAACGUUCAAGCAGCGGUGCAGGUAGUGGAGCCAUCUCACCCAGAGAUAAUUAUGCAUCUGUGAGAAGAGAGAACCGAGAGCUGAAACUUGAGGUUGCGAGAAUGAGGAUGAGGCUAACUGACUUGGAGAAAGACCAUGUCUCCAUGAAACAGGAGCUUGUAAGGACACAUCCUGCUAAUAAGAUCUUCAGAUCAUUCACCAGAAAAUUGAGCAAGCUCAAUGUUAUAUUUCGAAUCAGGGAUCUCAAGCCUGGUGGCAAGGCUGGUUCGGAAGGUCGUUUUCUAUUUCAGAAGCGAAGGCGUCACUCUGUUUCAUGAUCAUAUACCAGUGUGAAUAAUCAAAAAAGAGAGUGUAUAGUAUAACUAUUGUGAUUGUGCCUAAUGUCAAGUAAGGUUGAUAGCUUCGUGAGUUGAUUUUGUGUUGCUGUAUUCAGUGAGAUCACUCCCUUUGCCUUUUUCGUGGAGUCUUGAGGGCAGGCACUCAAUCAAACUUGUAGUAUUCUAAAGGUAUGCUUGAAAGCGUGUGAAUUAUUUAUUUAUUUUUUAACUUUGAAAUAGAUAUAAGCAACCUUAGAAGCACCA